CAGAGACAGUAGUGACGGCUCUUUCCAGUAGAAGAGCUACUGCUUAUUCAAGGUGUGUCUUUGGUCCUCUGUCCUCAUGACUCGGGUCUUCGUUUACGGCACUCUGAAGAAGGGGCAGCCCAACAACUACCGCAUGUUCGACAGCAACAAUGGAAAGGCCGAGUACCUGGGUUCGGCGUUCACCACAAAGAAAUACCCGCUAGUGAUCACCACCAAGAACAACAUCCCUUUCCUGCUCAACAUCCCUGGCCAGGGUCACCGAGUGCACGGGGAGAUCUACAAAGUGGAUGACCAGAUGCUGAAAUUCCUGGACGACUUUGAAAGCGUCCCAACGUUGUACCAGCGGACGUUGGUCCAGCUGGAGGUGAAAGAGUGGGUGGGGAAGACAGAAGGAGAGGAGAAGCUGUCACCGGGGAGCAUCACGGAGGUGUUUGUGUACACCACCACGACGUACGAGCCAGACUGGCCCUCGCUGCCGUGCUACGAGAGCUACGACUCAGAGGGAGAUCACGAGCUCAAAUAUAGGCGUAGAGAAGAGCGGGACUGAUCUCACCAUGCUGAUGCAACUAACAAAUGGACCUCUAUGUGGUGUUAGCAGAAUGGGUGGAGAAGCUCUCAGGAAAACAACACCUGGACAUGGGUGCUGUUUCCUGUCGUGUGUGGAAUUUAAAGAAAUCACAAGAGAAAUUAAUUUUAAUAGCAAAUAGGCAGGCUUACAAUCAAAGUAAGGAUAGUGUAGAGAAGGAAAAGGGCACACUGUGCCACUGAAAGUUGCACAUUAGUGAUGUUGUUUACAAAUUUGGUUUUAUUUUUAUGAUUUAUAAUCAUCUGGGAAGCAUUAUGAUCAAUGUAUGGCCAGCCUGUGCUUCUUAAAAAAGUGAUUGCAUAGAAGUCUGUGGGGAAAUGACCCAGCUGCUUAUGAAUGUGUGGUGUCAGUGCCAUUAAACAAAACGCAUUGUGUCAUUUGGUACCCCUGCUCUUAGCAGUGCUAUCAAACAUAAGCUCCGGGUGCUAGAUUCAGCCCAGCAAAGGCUUCCAAUUUGACCCACAGGGUGGGCUUUGGAAAUUUUAAUAGCUUUUCACACUGAUAAAGAUCGCAGAUUUUUAAAAUUUGUUUUCAUUUACUACAGUAGAAAAAAUUAUUUGCACUAUAAAUGUGUAGUUAAAUGUGUAGUGUUUAUACUGACAGAAAGGAGAUUUUCACUGAGUUUGACACUCUAGGCUUAGAGCAUUUAUAUUACACAGAUAUGAACACUGAUUUUACACUAAUCUCCAGACAAUGUGUUUAAUAUUUACAUUCCGCACAUCUUUGUUUACCUCAAAAAUAAAAAUUCACACUGAUUUUUUUGUAUGAGCUUCCAUGUGCUGUGUUCAUCCCCUCUAAGGGAUAAACUCAAUAAAAAGAGA